UCUGGACAUUAUCAGCGCAGCAGACAAACUUUACCAGCUGCCUAGGAGCAAGAGGGCCCCAAUGUAUGAGAGAAGUUUGAGUAAAAUAUAGUGUGUAAUCUUUUUUGACCAUUAUCAUUACUUUACUCGUGGAGGAAGAUAUAGGGUACAUUUGAGACCAUAAUAAGUGAGAAGUCCAUACAGGGCGUCAAAGGUUUGCCCCCUGCGUGCGACACAGGAAUAAUGGACAUCGCACCCACUGCAGAUGCAGCCACUGCCAAACCUGAACCCACUGCUAUGGAGGAGUCAGAUCCGCAAGAGGCGCAAGAGCCCCGCACAUCGGAGAAGAUUGACUUGUCACUAGAUGACAUCAUCAAACUGAACAAAAAAGAGAACAAGGCCAAUAAGGCUGCCAACAAGGCUCGGGACCGACGCACCACAAGCAAAAACACUGUCCUCAAGAAACUGGACAGGGCAGGACAACAGCAGACAUUUCCUUUCAGACGUGGUCCUUAUCAAUUCCAGCAAGGACCCUACAAAUCACGUUACAUGGGACCCCCCAUUCCUGGCUAUUACAGAAUAAAGCCAUAUCUCAGAAAGACACCUUUUGGAGCACAUCACCUCAAAGGUGUGAGCCCUUUAAAAAGACCUCCUUUGAACACAAAGUUCGGAAAACGUAAACCGUUGUUCAAGGGUGCGUUUUAUCAACCAUACAGAGAUCCUCCAGGGGCUUUGAGAAGGCCUCCUCCCCAAUUCAGAGGGCAGAAGAAGCCACCAUUCCAGCCCAAACAGAGACAGGGCGGUGUGAAGCCAUUCAUCCUAAACAGAGGGUUUCCUGCAGCAAAUGGAAAAAUGGAUAAGUACCAAAAGGUUAGAAGCUGGAAAAAGGCGCCCUCCGGUGUUUCUACCUUGACGGUGUCACUGCCCAACUCAGAGCCCGCGGCCAAGGCUAAGCAGGCCACAGUGCUGGACCGAUCCAGUCCAUCAGGGGUGUCUCCCCAGCCCAAAGGCAUCCCUCUCAGAUUUAACUUCAAGGCCACUAUAAAUCAGACAGGAGUGACCCUCAAUGACCGCUUCACUGGUAUGAGGAUCUGGGCAGGCCUAGGACAGGGUCCACAGUGGGGCAGUGGCAGGGGAAGAGGCAGAGGCCGAGAAGGCCGGACUGUCAUCCUACAGUGAUCAUUGAGGAGGACCUGUGCUGUCUGAAGCC